UUUUUGAACACGUAUAUUCCCAUUUCCUUUAUGUUGGGAUGGCUUGAAUGUUUUUAUGGUGGUUGCUUUUGGGUGUCGCUAUAUUCUCCCUAUUGUUUCUGUUAUCCAUUUUUGAAAUAAGAAACUAUAAAAUGGCUACACUUUCUACACAGAAAAUUUCAAAGUUAAACGCCAACUCACCGUUUUCUUGUUACGAGGCUUGUAAGAAACAACUUUUGAAGGCUGUGGAUUGGGACGAAAAAUCAGAAUUGACAAAAGCUCUGAAGGAAUAUGUCAGUGUGGCAGAAAGAUUAAGAAGUCUCUUGAGAAAUGGACAAGGUUCAAUGACACGUGAGAAGUGGAUAGACUUUCAAAACCAAGUUUCGAAAACUUUAGGCCUGGUUGAUGAAAGAAUUGAUGCUCUUUCCAAGUCUACCAACUCGUCUUUGCCUGUGAUUGUCGACAAAACAGCGAAGAAACACAAUGUCACAGGCACACAGCUACGUUCUGGAAGGAACAAAACUGCGAAUAUGAAGGGAAUACUUUCUCCUUCUGAGAAAAAUGAGAAUUUCGAAAAGAUACUGGGACGAAUUCAAAGCGAGAUUGUUGUUUCUUCGCCAGGAAUUAAGUGGGAUCAGUUGGUUGGUCUUGACUCUGUGAAAAAUGUUAUUCAUGAAACUAUUGUUCUUCCUUCUAGAAGACCUGAUAUCUUUCGUGGGUUACGUGCUCCUUGUAGAGGUUUAUUAUUAUUUGGACCUCCAGGAAACGGCAAAACUUUGAUUGCAAAGGCAGCUGCAACAGAAUGCGAGUCUUGCUUUUUUUCCAUUUCGACUUCUUCUUUAACAAGCAAGUUUUUUGGAGAAAGCGAAUCUUUGGUAAAAGGUCUUUUCUACCUUGCAAAGAGGCGACAACCAAGCUUUAUCUUUAUUGAUGAGGUAGACAGUCUUUUGUCAGUAAGAAAUGAAGGUGAACAUGAAGCAAGUAGAAGACUCAAAACGGAAUUCCUUAUUCAAUUUGAUGGAUUGAACACUACGGGCGAAGACCGUAUUUUUGUCAUGGCAGCAACCAAUAGACCAUGGGAUCUUGAUGAAGCUGUGAGACGACGGUUUACCAAAAGAGUAUAUAUUCCUAUGCCAGAUGGAACUUCACGAAAAGCUGCUAUCCUUUCUUUGCUGUCGAAAGGAGGUAUUAAGAGUUCCUUGAGUAUUGCAGAUGUUGAGCAAAUCGUACAUAUGACAAAGAAUUUUUCUUAUUCUGAUCUGGCAGCCUUGACAAGAGAAGCGGCACUCUGUCCUAUACGAGAACUUGGUCCAAAGAUUGUUAGGAUUCAGGAAAACAGGAUACGUCCCUUGCGAAAGGACGACUUUGUAGAAGCACUGAAGACUAUUCGGCCUAGUGUUUGUGAGGAACAAUUAUCAAAAUAUAUAGAAUGGAAUGAGAGCUUUGGAGUGACUGCGAAAUAAUGGGAGGAUCUUUCGAAUGAGGAUAGAAACAAA